AUGCCUAACCUUGUCAUCUUGAAGGUGAAGUCGAUGACGAAGAGAGCGGACUCUCUUCGGGUGUUGGUGGACUCGGGCGCGUCGAAUAACUUUGUUCGACAGCAAAGUCUGCCGCUGUUGGACUUUGAGGAGAGGCAUGUGCCUCGAAGUCAACUGGAAGUACGAUUGGCAACGGGUGCCAUCGUGAAGACCGAGAAGCACGUGAUUCGCGCACGCUUCUCGUACAAACACCGGAUGUUUGUGGAAGAACUUCUCCUCCUGGACUUGGACGACAAGUUCGACAUGGUGUUGGGCAAGCCCGCAGCAGAGAGCGAUGGCCCUAUUAGCGCUGCGGAUACACCUAACGGUGCAUCCAAACCUCCUUCAGAGACAGUGGCUCGCGCCGCCGUCUCCAGUCUCAGCGCGAGGAGCGCACGAGCUGUAACGACUCCGGGAGUCGUUGACAGUAAAAGUGUGUCUGGUCAGAAACCCAACACUUCUAGAAUGUUCUCCGCCGUAAGGCAUCGAGGUGACAACAGCGUGUCGACUCCGGGAGUUGACACGUGCUCGGUAUUAGAUACAAAAACGUUCUCCGACGAGAGACGUCGAAGUGACAACAAUGUGUCAGCUCUGGGAAAUGCGACAGACUGCUCCGCCGCUAUGCGUAGAGGUGACGACGAAACAUCUACUCCGGGAGUCGAUGCGACAAGCAGUGCGGACGGUUGCAAACGUCCAGCCCUAAAGCUUGCGUGCUGUCAUGCAGCCGGGCUGCAAGAAGCAGGGCGCGAUCAAGCCGAGGUUGAUGACGCGUGCCCGCGGGUACAAGAACCCGCCGGCGGUAUCAAGGAACGUUCUUCCAUGGCCGGGCCUGGACGAAACGCAAGUGAAUCAGAGAUUCACAAGAAGAAACGACGGUGCAGACACAACUCGCUGCGCAAGUCUCGGUCAGGGACCGAGACUCUUCAUGACACAAGUGGCAACAAUGGCCAUAGAGACGUUGAACGUCUUGACGCGGGCCUGUACUGGGUAUCAGUACGAGAAGAUGGAGUUGGAGAACCCUCCGACUGA